AUUCGGGAAGCGCUUCAGGGUUGGCCAGCAAUCUCAGCCCCUCACGCAGCCUCCAUUCAAAGUGCGUGUGCGUGUGUUGGAUAUGGAGUGGCGGCAAGACUGCGUGGUUUGUAGAGGCUGAGAGAGUUUGGAGUGUUGACAGCAAUUUGGACGUCGUCACUCCUCGGCAUUCUUGGAAAGAGGCUGCCGCCCGCUAGCCCGCCGGUUGGCCAGCAGGUGGUUUCGUGUGCAAUGAAGCAUGAAGAAAUGAAGCGUUCCAAUGCUUCAUGAAGCUUCACCUCGCCGUCAUUACCAAGGGCCAACCUACUCAAGGCGGGAUCCCGGCGUUGUGAUGUCUAUGCCCGGCGACCGGCACAGCUAUGACGUAAUCGGCAGGCGACGAGGACAGAGGUUUUGCGCGAGGCGACGAACUCCGCUGUUCCGAAUUUCGCAGUCCUGUGAGUUUAGCAACAUCCCGCGGCUUGGUGGGGAUGCUAAUCUUCAGAGUCACACAGAAUAACGCGAGCUACGGCGCGACUUGAAAGAAUGGAGAGCACCGGCAACGACAUGGCUCGCGUUUUUGCUGUCAGCGAAGAUUCUGUGGAUAUCUACGAUGACCUUGAUCUCAACAAUUUCAGCACUUCAGAGAAGUCUUCUCCAAAUCCUUCACAGCUGAAAGAAUCAAUGGAUCUAUAUGAAGAGAUUGUAACAGAAGAACAACAGGGGAGAGAAUCCUCGUACACCGAGUUGAAGUCCCGAUUCCAAGCAGCCCAGCACCAAAUUAAAGAGUUGCACAGAAGACUUCAGCAGAUGGAGAUACAGAACACCGGGCUGAACACUGAGAACAAUCACCUGAAAAAGAAUAUCUCUGCGCUUCUACGGACGGCCAGACAAGAGGUUAUGCGAAAGGACGCUGUAAUACAAAGGCUGAACCAGUCGUCAGGCAAAGGUCACUGUCAACAUUCUAGAGUGAAUAAUCUUCAUGAUCAAAACUUCUCCAGUCAGGCCCUCACUAUCUCCAUGAGUAGAACUCCAACAUCUAAAACGCCCAGUCCUUCCAGGCAUUCUUCUCCUCCUCGAGCAGCAUCAUCAUCAUCAUCAAGGGAUAGUAGUCUUCCGAAGGUUCACCUUCGACCACCCAAAAGGGAAAAUAAUAGUCCUAACAACAAGGCCAGUGCCUCUUGCAUUGCGACAAGAGUCUCUUCUUAUAGCCAUUCCAAAGGUUCCUCAAGUGGACAUUGUCUAGUGCCUGACAAACGCAAUGAGCUUUCUAUCAGCAAUUCUGUCAUUAGUUCAACAACCCGGCAUCGAGGGUCAGAUAAGCACAAAACCGAAAACAGAGAGGAACAAUGUCAGAAACUUGAUACCCAAGACAGGAAGCACAGAACUAGUUCAGCUCAUAGGAACAGUUAUACCAUUGAAAAGGACAGGUCUCAUAAAUUAGACAAAGACUCUAGAAGAAGACAUGCCUCCAGGACGACAUGUAAAAGCAGGGACAGCAAAAAUGUAGAUGGAUAUUGCAGAUCAGAAAGGAGUAAAAGCCCUCCAAUAAAUAAUUUGCAUUCACAAGGUUCCUCGGAUGCCUGUAGAGGGAGAACUAGAGAAAGGAGACAUGAAAUACCCCGCCUUGAUUCUCAACAUUCAACGCGUCAUUGCUAUACGAAGGACUACAGUCGACGUUGUGGAAAAAUCAAGAUGACCGAUGAACAUUCCAGUUCACAGAUGGAAAAUUCUGACUCAAAAGAACGGAAGAGAUCUUCAACAAAUCAGCAAGUGGAAAGCUACGGUGAUUUUUCCAAAGAGAAGCAAUGGGAUAGGCUUUCAAAAAAGUACCAGUGGAAGGGAGACAGACAACAUAAAGAAAUGACCAGUAGGCGGAGAAGGAAUAGUACAUCUGAAAGAAGGCGACUAGAUGAAAAACAGCCAUCGGAAGAAUCCCACAAUGCUAAAUGCAAUGCCAUUAAUAGAGAAAGACAAGGGAAAAUGGUGAAAACAGCAGUCAAGGAACCAGUGGAGGAAAAUAGUCAAAACAGGAAACUGUGCUUCAUGGAAACACUAAAUUUAACCCUCUCACCAAUUAAAAAGCCAGUACCCAACAACACCAGCCAGGACGGACUCACUGACUUGAAUCGCAUAUUUGAAGGAGGGCCAGAUGAUAGUUUGCAAGCUCAUGUGCAUGUGAUUGAUCAAAUUGACGGCAAUGAAUUACAUGCUAAUCUGGAAGAGUUGCCUACAGAUUCUGUUGCACCUUCAGAAAAGUUGCGAGUGAAAGAUGUCCUGGAAAAAGACACAAGCCACGGUGAAGCCCGUUUGGCUGGUCAGCAAGCAGAAGGCACUUCUGCGCAAACCAUUUCAUCCAGCCAAUCCUCAGAUUCAGCAGUGAAUUGCAUGGCCGCAGAUGAUAAUACUUCUCUAACAGAAAAAGAUGGGAACGAUGAGGCCAAAACAAAAUUGAGUCCAGACAGCCAAUUGGAUUCAUAUGAACAAACAGAUGUAACUGGUUACGGUAGUAGCAUAUUUGGAAACGUUAAAGGUAAACAGACAAGCAGCCUUUUACCAAAAGGAGACUGUGGAAGCAACACAUCCCAGUGUAAUGCUGCUUCCAAAAGACAAAUUCCUGGCACCAUCUCUCUAGAUAAGGUGAUGGAAUAUGCAGGCACACCGAGGGAUCCAGUUCUCCCUGAAGACCGUAUCGAGACUAAUCCAGGAAGUCACCAAACCUAUCCCGUCACCCUACCUCGUGACUCUCAACCAGGAGUGAAUCAUCCUUCGUUUUCCAGUCCCACCAAUGGGAAGGACGCAUGUUGUGCUCAUGAUGAUUUCAAAGAUGCAGAUGCUGUAUCCAGUACUAUAUGUCUGGAAUUGGUUCCUCAACAGGGGCUGAGUUUGCCUGAGACAAUGGAUGUUUUAGUGAAUAAGGAUAACGAUGGCAGCUCAAACAGUGCAGCUGACCCAAGCUCAUCCGCUGGCUGUAUUGCUGUGUCAAAGGUCAGCAGCACAACAGAAGAAAUCGCUCUCCAAAAAAGUGAUUGUGAAGUCUCUGCCACACCAAAGAAAAACCCUUGCGAAAAUAGCCAUGCAAAAAGUGUUGAGCCUUCCAGUUCAGUGCUGUUACUUCAUGAUGAGGACUCCAUGAUGCGCACGCUUUGCCAUCUCGAGAGAAUCCCAGAUGCAAUCAGCCCUUUAAGGAGUCCAAUCCACCAAAUGAAGACCAGUCAUCUCGUUGUUCAUGGAAAGCCCGGGCAUGUCAAAAGCCUACAAAAAGAGUUCUCAAAUACAGCUGAUGAAGCCAACUCAAAGAAAUUGGACUUAAACAAAGAAAACAAAUAUCCAGCUUGUCCUUUAAAAUAUGGAAAGUUAUCAGAACUGCCUUCAAAUCGUUCUGACACUGAGCUAGAGCAAGGGAAGAUUUUAAGUGGUGGCGAGGAGUCUCAUUCACCCCCUAAUGCAACCAAGAGGGUUAAGGUUGCAGAAAAACGCAGAAAUAAAGAAAAGCUUUUGGAGAGGAAAUCAGAAGCAAUGUGUUUUGCUUCAAAAGAAAUGACUACAACAGGAAGUGCAUCAACACAAAGUCCAGGUAGCAAGAGCCGUUUUAAAACCGUUUGCCCAACAUCAGCCAAAGCUCCUUUUUCAACAAUAGAAGAAGUCAUGGAAAUGUUCACAUCGGUUCGCUUGGAAAUCCGUAAAAAAUACAUGAAGCUUCACAAAGCCUUUCCAAAGAAGAGCUUCUUUGGUGUAAUGGAGAAUUUCAGAGAGUCAUUUGUGGAAUGUGUGGACGGAGCCCAUUUUGGUCAUAUAUGCUGUCAGGCAACGGAGCUGAAAUCAAAGCUGAAAGUCAUCAUCGGAUCUGUGUUUAACAAAGUAGCAGACAAUGGUAUUGUAAAACGUAUCUUUGACCAGCAAGCUGUUGAUCUGAAACAAAAGUUGUGGGUCUUUGUAGAUAAGCAAGUUGACUUCUUGCUCAAGGACAUUGAUAUGACACUGAAGAGCCUGUGUAGACCACCUACAACUGACGAAAAGAUGUCGAGUGAAAAUGGGAAAACACAAUCUCAACAAAAAGAUUCAAAAGGUACUCCAAGCACCCAGAAACAAAUUCAAUCCUUUGCUUCACCUCGUGAAACAGGUCUUGGUAGCAGAGGCAAAGAUAUAAGAAUUACUCAUGCAGAAAAAGAAAACAAUUGCGCACAUACACAGAAUUAUGGCGAUACUUAUCCAGGAGUGGACUGUCUUUCUCCGAAAAAGCCUUUGGUGUCCGGGAAACUGAAAAUGGCUUCUUUGGUGGCCCCUCAAAGCACAUCUGUGCUUGACAAAAGUGACUUUGAACUACUCACAGAGCAGCAAACUACCAGCUUAACGUUCAACCUGGUAAGAGAUUCUCAAAUGGGAGAAAUAUUUAAGUGUCUCCUGCAAGGAUCGGACUUACUUGAAACCAGUGGAAUAACAGGAGAGAGCACAUCAUGGACUCUUGGUACGCCAAAGAAGAAUGGAGAAAGACUCAUCAGCAUUACAACGCCAAAUAAAUUUGACUCUCAGUCUACAUUUUUCUCCCCAACCAAAUUUGCUUCUCCCUCCAAACUUAUCGCUACGUGGUCUAGUAUUUCACCUUGGGAGACGUCACCACGGCCCAAAGAUCAGGUCAGACCAAACCCGGCUUUGCUUGAUGAAAGCUGCUUAUUAGAGGUUCCAUCAGAGAAUCAAGCAACACCGCAGUCCGGCUUCUUGUCACAGAGGGAUUAUUCUAUUCUAGCUGAAGAUCUAGCAGUGUCCCUUACUAUUCCAUCACCUCUCAAGUCCGACAGCCACCUGAGCUUUCUCCAACCGUCUGGCAUACAUACCGUAUCCACCCCAGACAGUGUCAUCAGUGCUCACAUUAGUGAGGAUGCUCUACUAGAUGGCGAAGAUGCUACCGAACAAGACAUUCAUCUGACCCUUGACACAGACAACUCUAGCCUUGAGUCUAGCAACAGUGUGGCCUCACAAGCAGCUGUGAAUACUUUUGUGUUGAAGCCAGAGUUGCCCAUGCAGGCACUAGUGAUGGAAAAGUCCAAUGAUCAUUUCAUUGUGAAGAUUCGUCAGGGCACUAUACAGACAGAUAGGCCUCUCACUACAAAUGAGAGCUUAGGUCAAACACUAACAGAAAAAGAUCAUAAUGCAGAAGAUGCGGAAGCUCAGGAAAGCCAAGCAAAAUAUUUGUUCGACAAGAUGAAUAAAUCUACUCGGCCUUGCAAUGUCAUGCCUGCAAAAUACCUCUCUGACCUUUCGGAAGACCCCGUGAGGUGCCAAGAUGAGACGAACGCUGUUGGUUCAACUGAAGAUCAUUUGAGACUAAAAGAAGAACCUUCACACUCAGACCGUAGGUCAACUCACUCAAAAGCUUGUGUGACAGAGGACUUAGACAAUGUUGCUGAUUCUCCAAAAGCUAUUUUUAAAAUGACUCCUUCCAAGGGAACUUUUCUUAAAGACUGUAACCUUUCAUUUGGGCAGAACAUCAAAGCAUCUCCUCUCUGUGUUACUCUCCCGAAUGAUGAAAACCCAAGUCGCACAUUCCACGUGGAGAAGCACAGUCCAAAUCCCCUGUGUCCAUCAGAAACUAUUCCUUCUGAUUCACAGUCCAGUACUGUGCGAGGCAAUAGUGAAAGCUCGAAAACAAAUCACAUCAGCCAUGUAGCUUCAGACCUUUCAGACUUGCAGAGUGAAAUGGAGACAUCGAGGUCAGACAAAAUGCCGGAGGACACAAGUAGAGAGACAGAACAAGACAAAAAGGAUUAUGAGAAAAGUAAAAAACGGAAAACGCACCAUGAACAAUCCAAAGCAAAGCGUUCAAGAAAAGAUGACGAGAAACAUAUGGAACACACACCCUUCAGCUUCAAAAAGGAUGUUGACUCAAAAUCCUUCUCUUCAUCCCCAAAUAGUUUGUCUGCCAUGAACGUCGUCAAGAAAAAAGGAGCUUUGGUGAUAGCAUGGACCAGAGAUGAAGAUCGAGCCAUUCUUGUUGACCUGAAAACAAAAGGUGCUUCACGCAAAACAUUUGCUGCCUUGUCGGAUAAGCUGAAGAAACCAUCAGAGCAGGUUGCUCAGAGGUUUUACCAUCUUAUGAAGCUCUUCAAGAAGCAGGGAACUUUGAAUACCUGAUCAACCAAAGUUGUUUUCCUUCAAAUAGUUAUUGAAGCAUACAAGAGUAACGUCAGUACAGGUAUGAGAUUUAUACAUGUUGUAGUUUUCAUACAGUAGAUCAGGCACAAGAAUGGUGACUUUUGUUAGGUAGCUAAAUUCAUUUACUCCAAGAUGGAUUACAACAACAGUGCCCCUUAAAGGCCUUAUCAUCCAUCGGACUAUCAUUUUCAGUGUUUAUGCUGCGGACUAUUUGAUGUAUGUAAACUGUCCCAAGUUCUUCAAGGACAAGAAGUGGAUAGCAUUUAUAUAGAAUGCAAAUUGUUAACCCUUGCGGUCAAAUGUGUUUUGGCAAUCCUCAUUGGAAUGCAUCACUGUUGAUCUUACAUGUGCACAAAUUCAUUUUUUUUUUUUCAAUUGUUAACUCUUUGUCUGAGUGGAUCCUGUUAUUGUGAGCUAGCAAUACCUCAAGAAAAUGUAAAUCUUUUCAAAAUGUUUCGUGUUUUAAUGUUUGUAAGACUGGUCUGUUUUUGAGGAUGAAAAUGGGACAUACAGGAGAAAAUCGAAGCAAUACAUUUUCCUCUUAUGUCAACCUAAAUGUUACAUCUCGUAGACUGCAGUGACAUUUUGUUGGAUCGUUUUUCAUACAAGCAUGUUUGAUUCAACCUGUUUCAUAUUCAAACAUUGGAUUCAGUGUUGUGAAUAAUACAUAUAUAUAAAGUUUAAUUUAUUCUUGUGCCGGUUUUUAAUUUGCUGUUUAUUGAGAACAUGAUCGCACCAUAAAUGUCACAUGAUAAACA